AUGUCGACCAGAGACCUAUCUUUGCAAUCCGACAUCUCGAAGAUGAAAACCGAGCCCGAUGGUACCUUCAAGCGCCUUGACGCCUCAUUUCGCAACUCUAUCCAGAAAGGUGGUGAAUUCGAGCCGGAGAAAGAUCGAUACCACCUCUACGUCUCCUACGCUUGUCCUUGGGCCACUAGAACCCUCAUCGUGCGAAGGCUUAAGGGACUGGAGGCAUUCAUUCCCGUCACCGUCGUUUCACCUCGCAUGGGUGCGAACGGAUGGCCAUUCGCCCAGGUCGAUGCUUUCCCAGCAGCAGACGAAGACCCUCUGUACCAGUCCGAACAUGUGAAGGAUCUCUACGUCAAGGCUGAUCCCAACUACGCCGGCAGGUUUACCGUUCCUGUCCUAUGGGACAAGAAAUUGCACACGAUCGUGAACAACGAGAGCUCUGAAAUCAUCCGGAUGUUUAAUACCGCUUUUAACGAGUUUUUACCGGCGGAGAAGGCGGCUUUGGAUUUCUACCCUGCCGAUUUGCGGGCUGAGAUCGAUGCUGUGAAUGAAUGGAUCUACCCCAAUAUUAACAAUGGUGUUUACAGAGCAGGUUUUGCGACUACGCAAGCCGCGUACGAUAAGGCCGUCGUCGAGGUCUUCGGAGCCCUCGACAAGGUGGAGAAGCUCCUUACUGGGAAAGACUACCUCAUUGGGGACAGACUUACAGAGGCAGACGUGAGGCUUUGGGUCACUAUCGUCCGCUUCGAUCCCGUGUAUGUCGGCCACUUCAAGUGCAACAAUCGGACCAUUCGCGAUGGUUAUCCUGCGAUCAACUCAUGGAUGCGCCAGCUAUAUUGGAAUAACGCCGCAUUCAAGGACUCGACCAACUUUGAGCACAUCAAAAUCCACUACUACUGGUCCCAUACCUCGAUCAACCCCACCAGGAUCGUCCCUGUUGGACCCGUACCUCUCAUAGAGCCUCUGUAA